UUUUGGCAGGAGUGACCAGAAUAAAAACAGCAACAACAGACAUAGAAGAGAAAAAAGUGCAAUGAUCCAUCGAACCAAAGGCUUUGCCCUUUCCUAAUUACGUCGUGUCCAGUAUCAUUUUCUUUUUUCCUCCCCUCUUCAUUUUUUUGAGACAUUUUUGAAGUGGUAAUUAGCUCUUAGAGAAUAAAACCAGCUGAUUCGGGGAGGGCCAGUGCAUUUUGGGGCGAGAUGGCUAACAGGAGGGUUGCGUUGCUCCUUCUCGGAUUCUUCCUCACUAUACAGCUGAGUCCUUCGCUGCAAGGAGGGGUGUAUGUGCCACCGGGUUCAGCUGGAGCAGGACCAGGAGGUGCUGGAUUGUUACCAGGUGCUGGAUUUUACCCAGGUGCUGGGACGUCCCAAUACAAAGCAGCAAAAGCAGCAGGAGGAUAUGGAGGUGCUGCUGGGACUCAGACAGGAGCUUUAGGGGCUGGAGGUUAUGGAGCUGGUGGUUAUGGUUAUGGUGCUUAUGGUGCAUAUGGUGGUGCUGGAAGAUUUUACCCAGUGGCUGGAGGUCUGAAACCGGCUAAACCAGGUGCUGGGCUACCUGGAGGAGGUCUUCCUGGAGGAGGUCUUCCUGGAGGUGCUGGUGGAAAGCCUGCUAAAGGAGGGCCAGGUGCAGGAGGAACUGGUCCUGGUUCUGGCCUCCCAGGCCUUGUCAUUCCUCAGACCGGGGUACAAGGACUGGGCCCUGGUGGGAUUGGACCUGGAGGAAAAGCCGCGAAGCCUGGGAAAGCUCCAGUGCCAGGAGUGGGAGUGCCUGGACCUUAUCAAGGAGGACUUGUUCCUGGACAAGGCUUCAAUGGGCGGGGUGUUCUUCCUGGUGUAGCCACAGGAACUGGACUCAAACCUAAAUCAGCUGCUGGUGGAGGGCAGGGUCUGGUACCAGGUGGUGGUGGGCGUGGAUAUGGACCACUGCAACAAGGAGUAUUUCAUGGAUACCCUCUCAAAUCUCCCAAAGCCCCAGGUGCUGGGUUACCCUACACUGGUGGUAAACUUCCAUACGGUUAUGGUGGUUUUGGUGGAGGUGCUGGACUCCCUGGUGGGAAAGGUGGAGCUGGCUCCAAGCCUGGUUAUCCAACAGGGACUGGUGUGGGGACUUUAGGGGUCUCUGCUGCACAGGCCAAAGCUGCUAAAUAUGGUACUGGAGCUGGUUUUGGUGGGGCUGGAGCUGGAGCUUUUCCAGGUGGUGCUGGUGGACUUUACCCUGGUAUAGGAGUUGGUUUAGGUGGUGUUGGAGCAGGUGGUGCUGGUGGAGUUUACCCAGGGGCAGGAGGUGCAGGUGUUCUUACCCCAGCUCAAGCUAAAGCAGCUAAAUAUGGUGCUGGUCCUGGUGUUACUGGUAUUGGUGGUGUACGAGGCGCAGGUGGACUCUUUCCUGGGACAGGGGGUCCUGGUGCCCUCUCCUAA